GCGACUCUGUAUGCUUAUGGGCUAGGUUUUAAAGCCCCUUGUUUUUUCGAGGCGACAGAGAGAUUCUCGGCGGAUGGAACUGCUCACUGCGACGUCGCUUUCGUGAGAGAGCUAGCCUGUCGCAGUCUCGUGUUGGCCGUCAACUGAUCGCCCCCUCCACGACUCGCUUGUUUUUAUCACGUCCGUCUCGCACAGUCACACCCGAAAAGGUAGCACUACAGGUGCGUGAACGUCCUGCGUUUCGGUGUGUAACGCAUUCUUUGUCGGAUCGCUUCGAAGACAGCUCGCUGUUCUCUACGUCUGACAACAUCGAGCGUCGGCCUGAAUUCCCCAAGCAUCAUUGCCAAGCCGACCGGUCUCGUCCUGAGGAACCUCCGGUCAGUUGAGUAGGGGCGUUCAGCGAUGGCGUCCUGUCCGUUGUCCAUGAUCCUGGUCUGUGCCUGCGCGGCGUUGGCGGGCGAAUAUGCGGCGGGACGGCAUAUCGAGGUGACGCCUGACGGUGAAAGAGCACCUCUGCACGACAUUCUGUUCCGUCAGCAUUCCGCGCCAGCGCCCCGACAAUAUGGUCCGAUUGAGAGCCAGGGCUUCGGCAAACCGUGCCACAACAGCAGCUACUGCGAAUUGGAUCUGUGCUGCCGCCUGGAUUUGCGCUACGAGCGCACGUGUCAGCCCCGGUCGAAGAUCGGGGAUUAUUGCAUGCUGGAUUCUGGGACCAGUCGACCUUACGAUUACUACUGCCCCUGCCUAGAAGAGGGUGGACGUUGACCGUCGGUGCUCCAACGACAGCGACUGCGAUCCGGAUCUGUGCUGUCGCAUAGAUGGCGACCUCCUGCAAAGGUGCCAACCCCGGUCCAAAAUCGGGGAAUGGUGCGCCGAGGAUGAUCCAAUCGUUAGAGUUUACAUUGAAUUCUGCCCCUGCCUAGAAGGAUAUUGCCAGCUCCUGACGCAGGGAUCUUACAUAUUUGACUACGGAAAAUGCGUUCAUCGAAGCCACGGUUAACGCCCCGUCACGUCAGGAACCCAGCAGAGGCCACAGUCUUCCAAGCCUUAGCGGAACGCAGCCGCUGGAAGCGUCCGAUUAUUAAAUUAGAUUUAUUUACCUUA